AUGUCCGAAGGCUCGCAGCAGCAGCGGGCGUCGCGGAACGCAGCACGCGCUGAGAGAUCAACAACCUCCUGUCAGCCAUGUAGUAACUGCCUCCGCCGUUUCCCUCAACCAGUUUGCGAGUAUCGUGUGGGCAACAUACUCGAUGCCGAUACCUUCCAAGCAUCGCAGCAAGUCUUGUCACAUCGACUAGCAGUCCCAAAGUUGAUUUUCGACAACUUUGAAACGGUCCUUGAUGAAGACAACACUCCCCAGCAUGGGCUGAGUCCUGGAGCUUGGUCACAUCCAGCAGAGUCUAGGAUACAAUUCUCUGGGCGACCAGCCAGCGGGAUAGACGAGCAAAUAGCACUUUUGCCUGUGGACCAAACCCCCUUGAACAAGAAACUACUCAGACUUUAUAUCGCGGUUCUCUCGCGCUUCAAAGCUUCUAUCAACGGCGACCCGAGCCCCAACAAUCCCUUUAUCCGUCACUACUCUCCCUUCUGCCUUCAAGAUCCCCUGGUAAUGCGAAUUAUUCUCUACACCUCGGCCUGCUUCCUCCACGAGACUGGGGAUGUACGGACAGAUGUCCUGCGGACUUACAAAGGUCAAGCCAUCGCAAUGCUCAACGAGAACCUAACAACGGACAGCAGCAAAAGUAGGGCGUCAAACACCACCGCAGUCACCGCAGCAGACGUAAACAGCUCAACCACCCCGACAACACAAAAGCCCGGCGAUGCGGCCAUCGCCGGCGUCAUUCAGCUUACCGUGGCUGAAUGGUACUGGGGCGAAUCGGACCAGGACCUACGAUACCACCUCAAGGGCUUGCGAGAUAUGAUCAGGCUACGCGGCGGCUUCAAUCAACUCGGCAUGGACGGCCUCUUGGCGAAAAACGCCAUCGUUCACGAUGUCUCCAUAUCCCUCGCCCAUGAAAACAGCCCACUGCUACUGACUCUGUCGCCCUCGGACGACGACCGUGAAGGCGGAGGAAGCGGAUGCAAAGGAUCGAUGGGGUCAGCGACAGCAGGAGAAGCGGCAAAUUCAGCACAUCGGGUCUUGGCGACGCCAUACGCCUUCGUCGACCCUAUAAAGGACGUUCCCCUUCGCAUGGCGAACCUAUCGCCUUUGGUUUCCCAUCUACCGUAUAGCGGAUCACUCCCAUCUUUCUCCGAUUGCGCCACGAGUCUGCGCAUCCACCCGGCGACGGCCUCGAUACUCGACAAUGUGAGAUAUCUUUUCUGCGUCGUCGACGCGAUUUACGAUGAAUCGACGGCAUCAGCCAGCACAACUACCCAAGCCUCGCUAAAGGCCCGAUCGAUGGGAAAGUACAUGUAUGAACAUAUCAGCGGUCUUCACCCAACCACACCUGGACAUCGCCAAAGUCUCUCCUCAGAUCCUCCUACUCGAACGAGCUCGCCGCCCAAUAGCAAUUAUUCUGCCGCCUUCGACAGAGAAUCCAUACGAAGCGGGAGUAUGUCCAGCACAGGUACGGCAGCCGGACCUGGCUCCAUUGGCCCGGGCCGAUCACCUUCGGGUCCGAAUUCCGACUCCACCACAACAUCCGAAUGGUCGUCAACCAAGUCACAUACCCGAGACGCUAGCGAUUCUCCGACGAGUCCUCGAUCCGUAUACCACCACCAGCAAAGUCCGGAUUUCAUGUACCAGGUUAUCCGAAUGACAGCGUUACUUUACACGCGGGCCGUCAUGACCCGGACGCCGCUGAGCGGGACAUGCACGGAAUCAGAAUUUCUGCAGAUCUGGACAACGACAUGGCGCGUACCCUUGUCGGCAUGGAACGACACGGUGGGCAUAUUUCAUUGGAUUAUGCUGGCUAUCGCGCCGGCAUGCCACCGGACGCCGCACGCGCGCUUUGUGAAGAACAUGGUGACAAUCAGCACUCUCACGCUCGGAGUGGAAGACUGGGCAAUGGCUAUGGGUGCCGCGUCGACCGGCAUGCGGCUGCAGCAUUGGCUCGAGGGCCAAGACAUGGGAGAGCAGGAGGAGUGGGAGGAGUAG